CUUGACGCAUUAAAUUAGACAUAAAACAAGUGACAGGGAUAAAAAUAACAAAUGAUAGUUUCAUACAAAAAAGGAUAUUAAUUGGAAAAAAGUUUUGUAAAAAGCUAAAUAACAUCAUUGUGGAAUACUAUUAAAAUUAAAAUUUUAAUAAAAUUAUUUGAAAAUUUUAAAACUUGGCCAAAUGUUGCCAACAAAUAUGCUAGUGGGAGUGUAUUUUGCAGUCACCUGGUUAUGUACAUGCUUCGAAAUGACCAACUCUAGGACAUCAACAAUGUGGAAAUUAAAUAUGCAGACAGGGAAAAUUCAAACUCUCGAUGUGGACGGAGAACAAGUGAAGAAUUAUGCUUCAUUAGAUGAAGAUAUGCUCUACAAUUUUAAUGCCAUGGCAGAGGUUUACUCAAGGGAUGAAACGUUUUUUACACUAGUGUCUUCCACGCGCAUAGACAACCACAAUGGUUGGUUACGUCAGUCAGCGGAAAGCACCUUGGAAUCAUUGCUAGAAGCAAGAAAACUAAAGACUGAAAACAUUUUAAGAGCUAAAAAUAAGAAAUCCCAUCACAUUAAUAUUGAAAAUAAUGUUGCUCUACGUAAUAAUACUCAGAACGUGGUGGUGGAUACAUUGGAUUGUGGCCAACCAAUUAACUAUACUAAUUAUGAUUAUAUUAUAAAUUUAGGGGCUCAAUAUAAACACAAACAAACACCAGCUAUGCCUGAACCGGAUGUGAUAUAUUUCUUCUUGCCAUCUCAUGACCAAGAAGACUAUAAGAAUUUUAAUAUCGUAGCCUUAGAGAAACGUUUGAAACGCUUUAAGAGGCAAAAUCCUAUUUCCGCUGAACUUUACCAUCACAUAGGAAAUUAUUGGCGCAUUAUUGGCGAUCCCGUACAGGCCAUUAAAUGUUUUCGUCGUUCAUUAGAUAUAUCACCGGCUGCCUCGGAGGUUAUGUAUGAUUUAGCUAAAGUUCUUUAUAAUUUACAAUAUCUAGAUGAUGCCAUACAUAUGGCACGCAGAUCUAUUGAAUUUCAAGCACCACCUUAUACAGCGUGGCGUCAAUAUUUAUUGUUGGGUGACAUAAUGAAAACCUAUGGAGAUUUACGUAGUUCUAUACACUAUUAUCGUUUGGCUUUAGAGCUGAAUCCAACACAGGAACUCAUUUUAAGAUCUUUAAAUGAAGCUGAACAACGGCCAACGGCAACAUUGCACGCAUAUACCGUAGUUAUUAUAGUCAUAUUGGUUAUUAUGGUUCUAAUAGUUAUUCUAACUUCAAUGAUAACCGAAGUUCGGGCUGAUCAUCAUUAUACGAAUGGUCAAUGUACUAGUAAUUCCGAAGCUUAUGACGUUAAACCACAGCGUCAUUUUAAUCGUGCCAUGGCUAUGCGUUCUUUGAAGGGAUUAUCAGGUGCACGCUCUUUGCGUCAACGUAAAUAUUAAGAAGAGUUUCGAGUAAACAAACUAUAUAUUUGGUAUUUAAAUAUUUAUGCUUAUUUAAAUAAUUUUUUUCUCAUUAUUUCAUUUUAAUUUAUAUUGACUGUGAUAGCUUUUAAAUUAGUCAUAUUUUGUUCGAUUACCAUUUAAAAUAUGUACUAAAUAUAUGCUGAUACUUAAAAAAUUAUUAAACCAAAGAGAACAAAUUGAAAAAUAUGUAUAAGAUUUUAAAAUCUGUAAGUUUUUCGACAACUGUUGAAAUAACACUUUUCAUAUUACACCAUUAAAAUAAUAAUGUAUAUUAUUUCAUAUUAAUAUGUUAACGUAAAUGUAUUAU